GUCCAUUCUCGAGCCGUCCGUCCACUCUCGCUCGUUGUCAUUCUCAUUCCGACUCGCCGCGGGUGAACACGUGAGACUCGCGGUUUAAACGAAGAGAUUUGCAUUUCAUCCUCUGGACUCGAGACAGCUACCAAUAUGCCGUCUCCAAAGAAGGGGUUUUUCUCCAGACUCAACGAAAAAAUAUCAUGCGUUCAAAUCCUGAACGUACUCGUCUUCUUCAGCUUUAUGGUCAACUAUAUGCUGAGGGUGAAUAUAACAAUCGCUAUUGUCGCUAUGGUGGACGACAGCAAUUCAACAACGGUUGCAACCAAUGUAAGCGAGACUGUUGAAACAACAAAAUUCCAAUGGGACACCCGCCAGAGAAAUCUUAUUUAUGGAUCCUUCUUCUGGGGUUAUGUGUUCACUGAGCUGCCAGGAGGUCGUUUAGCUGAGGUGAUAGGAGCAAAGAAAGUGUUCGGUGCUAGUCUUUUCAUAGCAUCCUUUAUUACACUCUUUACGCCACUUGUUGCCCAUCUUUUUGACUUCAUAGGUGUUGUUAUCCUUAGAGUCCUAAUUGGAUUUAUGCUAGGAGUGACAUUCCCAGCUAUGCAACCCAUGGCAUCAAAAUGGAUUCCUCCAAAAGACAGAACUAAAUUUGUUUCAAACAUGAUGGCUUCAUCACUGGGAGCUGCAGUCACGCUGCCAAUUAGUGGCUUCCUGAUCGACUAUUACAACUGGGAAACAGUAUUUUAUGUGACUGGCCUAGUCGGUCUCACAUGGUCAGUUGCAUGGUACUUCCUCAUGUUCGAUUCUCCUUCCGAACACCCCAGAAUUACUGUUGAAGAAAAAGAUUACUUGGAAAAAGCAAUUGGCGAAUCUAGUACAACAAAGAUAGUGCACAAUGUACCAUGGCGACAGAUGUUAACUUCUAUGCCAGUUUGGGCCAUCGUUGUCACCCAUGCAUCAAGUGUUUUCUGCUAUUUUACAUUUUUAAAUCAAUUCCCUACUUACAUGAAGCAUGUGCUCGGUCUUGAUAUCAAACAGAAUGGAAUCCUGUCCAGUUUUCCUUAUAUUGGCAAGUAUGUAAUGGCUCUCAUAACAAGCUACAUAGCAGAUUAUGUGAGAGGCACUGGGAAGCUGUCCACCACAGCAAUUCGAAAAAUAUUCACUACAUUCGCUGUUGGAGUGCCUGGGUUGUUAAUGGUGGCUGAAGUAUUCCUGGGUCAGAGCACAGUGUGGACAGUGACCAUUUUUACCCUCGCUCUCACUCUCAAUGGAGCUGUGACUGCAGGCUACCUCGGUAAUGGUCUCGACAUCGCACCAAAUUUCUCAGGGACAAUUUUCGGCAUGGCAAAUACACUUUCCUCCCUUGGUGGGUUUGUUUCAACGUACAUCGUGGGCAGCUUGACAUUUCAAAAUGAGACAUACGAGCGUUUCCAGAUUGUUUUCUGGAUUUUAGCCGUGAUGUAUGCUAUCGGAUGCGUUAUGUAUUUGGUAUUUGGCACAGGCCAAUUGCAAUCUUGGAACACUCCAAGCUUACCGGUGUCAAAUGGAGAUGUAAAUGGUGAAAAGAAGAACGGUUUCAGUGAUGUUGAACUGGCUGAGAAACAGCCUUUGAAACUAUGAUUUAACUACAAUUACUCUGGUAUCAUCUGCAAGAUUUUUUUACUAUACAAAUAAGGUAAUUUUUAUUUUUUUAAUUUAUUCUGAAAACUGCAUCAUUUUUGAGGAUUUUAUUUUUUAAAAUUUAAUCCUAUGGAUCAUUCCACUUUUUCUCGAAACUUUAGUUUCAUAGAGUUCAAAGUAUUCAAAGAG